GCAGCCCAGCACAUCUCCAAUUCAGACUUUGCUUGUCUCCUUUUUCUUUUAUGUCUCUUUCCUCAAAUCUUUCCAAGAACACAAUUCCAGAAUAUUGGAAGUAUACACCACGAUAUUUGGACGAGUAAAGUUGCUUUGGCCAUUGUUGCUCUUAAAAGCAAAGCAUCUUCUUCUCUUCUGCACUGUUCUUCUUCUUCUUCUUCAUCAUCUUCUUCUUCUUCUUUAUUGUAAGUUGUAACAAUAAUGGCGAAGGAGAAGCACAAGGAUGGCAAGAAUUUUUCUGUUGAUGUUUCUUGGAAAUGUGCUGAGGUGAAGCUCCUCCUCGUCUCCCUCUUCUUCAUUUGCUCUUUGAUCACUUUGUUUGAGCUCUUCCCUUCAACUUCUAGCUUUCUCUCAUGUUUUUCCGCAGUCGAUUCAUCUCCAUCGCACCCUGUUGAUCUAUCCUCCUCCUCCUCCUCCUCCUCCUCCUCCUCUUCUUCUUCUCUUCCUCAAAUUGUUCAUUCUCUGAGAGCAGAACGGCUCGGGAAUGACUCCGUCGUGAAGAGGUCCUUCAACCCGGUCGGCUCCGCCGCGUACCUCUUCAUCCAGAUGGGAGCUUACCGGGGCGGCGCGAACAAUUUCGUCGUCGUGGGGCUCGCCUCCAAGCCUCUCCAUGUCUUCGCCAAGCCCCGAUUCGAGUGCGAAUGGAUCCCCCACGGCGGCGGCGGCGGCGGCAAAAAUUCCGCCCCCAUCUUCGCUACUGGUUACAAGAUCCUCCCCGACUGGGGCUACGGUCGGGUCUACACCGUCGUCGUCGUCAACUGCACCUUCCCGAGCGCCGUCGGCCUCGACGGCUCCGGCGGCCGCCUCGUCAUCCACGCCACCACGGGUGGCGGCGGGGACCGCGAGGUCACCGCUGCCGAGAAUUUCGUGGCGGUGGAGGAAGCUCCAGGGAGCGUGGACGAGUCCAUCUUUUCGGCGCCGCCUAAGUACGAGUACCUCUACUGCGGCUCCCCCCUCUACGGCGACCUCAGCCCGCAGCGCGUCAGGGAAUGGAUGGCCUACCACGCGCGGUUCUUCGGGGUGAGCAAGUCCCACUUCGUCAUCCACGACGCCGGCGGCGUCCACCCGGCGGUGAUGGAGGUGCUGCGGCCGUGGGCGGAGAAGGGAAUGGUGACCCUGCAGGACAUCAGAGAGCAAGAAAGGUUCGACGGCUACUACCACAAUCAAUUCCUGGUGGUGAACGAUUGCCUCCACAGGUACAAGUUCAUGGCGAAAUGGAUCUUCUUCUUCGACAUCGACGAGUUCCUCUAUCUCCCUCCCAAAACGAGUCUCGACUCGGUGGUCGCCUCGCUCGACGGAUACUCGCAGUUCACCAUCGAGCAGAUGCCCAUGUCCAGCAAGCUCUGUCAAUCCAGUGACUACGGCAAGACUCCAAGGAUGUGGGGAAUGGAGAAGUUGGUGUACAGGGACGUGAAGAGGGGAGUGAGGCGAGACCGGAAGUACGCGAUCCAGCCGCGGAGCGCGUUCGCGACGGGCGUGCACAUGUCGCAGAACGUGGCCGGCCAGAGCGCGCACAAGACGGAAGGCCGGAUCAGAUACUUCCAUUACCACGGCACCAUCGCCGACCGCCGCGAGCCCUGCAGGGAGUUCGUCAACGCCACCGCCCUCACCUACGACGGCACCCCGUACGUGCUCGACGACACCCUCCGCCGCGCCGCCGGCGCAGUGAAGAGGUUCGAGCAGAAGAUGAUCGACUCCAGGCUGUCGCGCACGAGGCAGUGAUCUUUCCUUGCACAGAUUUCUCUGCAAAAUACACCAUGAUUUUUUUUUUAAAACUUUCUAUUCUUUUCUAUAUAAAUUAUUGUUCAUCCAAUUUACCAAGAAUUCUUAAAAUCAAAGAUGUUGAUCUGA